GUUUGAAACAUUCACUGCGCUCGUCGGUAUUUACUCGUAAAGUUUCAUAUGUCAACCCAAACGUUCGGUCCUCUUCUGAAUAAAUAUGUUUUCUUUCUCGACAUCCUCAGUUCGCAUUUGAAAAGGCCAAUCAUUUAGGCUAGUCAGACAGCCCUUCUGGCAGCGCAUGUUGUCGGUUCGUUAGCAAGCAGAGUGUUUGGCGAAAGCGGCUCGCAAUGAACAAUCUGGCACAACGACUCCGUGCUAUGGAGUCUAGAACGGGCUCCGUUGGCGACUGCUCGAAAAUAGCCAACUAUAGGAUCAGCAAGCAAAAUCUGUUCAGAAGACGCUCUACAAGGCGGCGAAUAUCAAAUGCGCAGAGACUAGCAGAUCUGGAGGACUUCAUCAAUCGGAGAGUACAAGCAUCCGACAACAAUUUCUUUGAGCGGAUUACUCAACCGUUGGAUGUGGAACAAUUAGCCGACGAUGAGUUGCUCACGAUUCGAAAUCUCACACUUAAUGCUGAUAGAAAACAACUCGAGGCAUUGUAUGUGGAAGCCUUGUACACGAUCACCCAUAAAGUGGGUAAAGAAGAAUGUGAAAGUCGCGAAAAUCUUUAUAAAUAUGUCCGAUCUGCUUUUCAAGGCGAUUCACAGCUACACAAUUCUCUCAUGGAGAAAGCUAAGCAGAACAAGCCUCCCGUUGUGCUGCUGAAUGUUCUGCUACUGGAAGCAAAAGAUCUAAUUGCAAAGGAUAUCAAUGGAUUCAGCGAUCCAUUCGCUAUGAUGGGUGUUGUGCCAGGCAAACGAGAAAUGAUUGAAGUGAUUGAACCUGUAGAAGAAGAAGCUCUAAAAUCUCCCAAGUCACCGAAAAAUCAGUUGAAUUUCCAACUAAAAAAGGAUACCGUCCUACAAAGAUUUGGUGGAUCAUUUCGACGAAAAGUUGCAAAGAAAGGAGCUAAGAUAAGUUCAGAUAGUGGCACAAUACCUGCAAAAUUGAUCAAAGCCAGUUCGGUACAAAAGAAGACGCUAAAUCCACAAUGGAAUGAGCGAUUUCAAUUUAUUGUCGAUGAUGUACAAACGGAUCGAUUUCACAUGGAUAUUUGGGACCAUGAUGAUGAGGAGCAGUCCGUUUUGGAUGCGGUAUCAUCACUGAAUCAAAUUAGUGGAGGAUUCAAGGGUCUUGGUCGUUUCUUCAAAGAAGUUGCGCAAAGUGCACGAGCUGAUUCGGAAGAUACCACAGAUGACUUUUUGGGAUGCAUUAGUAUGAAUCUAAGUGAUAUUCCUCCGGAUGGCAUUGAGCAAUGGUUCACAUUACAGCCACGUUCUGAAAAAAGCAAAGUAUCCGGCAGCGUGAAGUUGAAGCUCUGGCUUUCCACGCGUGAAGAACGUAUUGGAGCUGAAGAAGAUGAUCUACUAGAUGUCAAAGAGCAUAUCGAACUUAUGAGACAGUUCGCUUUGUACGAAAUUCGCCUCAGUGGGGCUCCUGUACGGUUGUGGGAUGGCGUAUUUCAAGAUAAAGCUAACACUAUUCUUCGACAACAUGCUCUACAAGGUGAUCUCACGGAAGUUCAUACGGCAAUGUGUCGAUGGCUCGCAUUCCAGUCAAUGAUAUCCAUUGACAUUUCCUUUACCCUUCUUGCCAAAACCCUGCAGAACAUUUUGGACAAAUGGCAACCGAUGACACUGGAUAAGGCCGAAGAGGACAUGCUAACUGCUUCUUUCUCAGCAUUUGAUUCGCACUGCAAAAGAGCUUUCGCUGAACAUCGUAAACGGUUUCAUCCCUCAAAAAGAAAUGCAGGAGAAGAGUUUGCUAGUCUUGUCAGGUGUAUGAAAGCAUUACGUGAUUCGCCUUUUUACCAGAAGUAUCUACCAUACAAACGACCGUUCCACGCUCAUCUGGAAUCAUUGAUUAUAAAAAGUGCUGAAGAUUUCUUUGACGAGAGCGUAGAAUCAGUGCAAGAUGAGGAUCCUUGUAAAGAACUUCUCAAAUUGCUCUCAAUCAUCAAUGGAAGCUGUUCGAGAUUUCAACACUAUGCGAACAUUAUACGAGAAGUCGGUCGGAUUGACUACUGUCAGCUGACACUGUCCACUUGGGAUAGAAUGCUCAACGAGUACCUCACUUCGGAGCUGAUGAGUGAAAGAAAAACGGAUCUUCGGUCGCAGAUGAAAAUCUCUGCAAAUCAAGACCCACCAAACGAAGAUGAUCUCAUAGACCUUAUUCGGAUACAUAUGGCAUUUGUCGAGCUGCGAAAUUAUCGGCUAGCGAAUCGAGUUCGGGGCAAAGAUGAAUCGGAAUGGUACGGGAUCUUCAAUCGGGGUAUAAAAAAUUUCCUGACAUUGGCAAAGGAAAAAGCUCUUAAUCGAAUCUCGCUCAGCUGCCAGUUGGAUGUGCCGAUAUGCACAUCUUCUAAUGACAUGCGUCAUUCAAGCAGCCAUAUUGAUGUGUGCCAUAUAGUCGAACAAAUGACCGUAUGCUGGGAUCGGAUGGACGUAAGCGAAUUGACUCUGAAAAUUGAUUAUACAAGAACCCUUGUGGAUAUACUCUGUGACAUAGUGAUAACGUACACUCAGAAGAUUUUUGCAAAUCUUGACGCUGAAGGAUUCUCUGGUGAACUUCAAGUUUUCGUCCCGUCACCCCUGUUGCAAUUGUUAUGUUCGGCAAUAAAUAACUGUGAACAAGUAAGGAGAAGUUUAAUGAUUCAUGAGAAGCUUCAUCUGGAUGAUCUGGCCAUAGCAUACGAAAGAGCUGGACAUGGUUCACCAACAUGGAAAGCAGCUGUUGAGCAACGGUUAGAGCAGACUGAUGCAACGAUCUGUGCAGAAAUUGACCGGGUCGUAGGCUUGCUAACUGCUCGGUUGCGACCGCAGAUGAAAAAGCAUGUGUUUCAUCUUGCUUGGAGUCCAACCGCACAUCCUGUGGAAGACUCACUCAAACCUUUGACCGAUAUGAUCGACAUCGAAUUGUCUGCAGUACACAAAAAUCUUUUGCAUAAGAACUUUUUGCGGGUUAUGUCAGCACAAAUUGGGAUUGUUGUACGACUUUUGAGAGAAUGCGUUGAUGAAAAUCCAGGGAUGGAGCCAGCAUUUUACCACCGACUCUUCGAAGCUUGGCAUGUUCUUGUCGACUUCUUUCACGCUGGUGGAAAAGGUCUCUCAACGGAUGUCUUGGAAACUGCUCCGGAACAUAUGGCGCUAAUAAAGAUUUUGUCCUUGAAUCAAACGUCCACGCAACAGCUCAUCGAGAAGUAUUACAAGGAUCUGCUCAAACAACAAAACGAAGUAAGCGAAUGCAAAUACGGUAUACUGAAUGUGCGGGCGUACUACAAUACAAGCUCUCAGACGCUUGUUCUGGAUGUAAUUGGAGCGAAGCAAGUGAUACCACUAGACGCGAAUGGGCUCUCAGAUCCAUUCGUAGUGAUUCGGCUUGUACCGAAAUAUCGAUAUCCCAAUCAAACUGUAAGCAAGACGCGAGUGGUAAGCAAAACGCUCAACCCUAUUUUCGACGAGACAUUUGAAUUCCAUAUACCACCGAAGCUUCCGCCGUGCGCUAUGCUACAUUUCACAGUGAUGGACCAUGAUUAUUUGCGAUCAAACGAUUUUGCAGGAGAAGCAUUUCUGGAACUGGCUGAUGUUCCUGGCUUUGGGCUAGCCGGCGGAAACACGCUUCGCCAAUUCAAUUUGAUACUAAUUCAACCACAGCAGAAUAAUAAGGAAAUACUAGAAGUUCUUAGCAGCAGAAAAGAAGACAAAGAAGCGCUUGAGUUUCUCCGGUCAAUUACUACGGCUUACUAAUCAGAUAAAUAUUUGUGUCAUAUUGAAGAAAAUUUGGAUUUGUGAGCAAUGCCCACAUGCUCUAAAUUACUAGUUACUAACAAAGCUUUGAGUUUUUAGUAUUAGGAAUAUGCUUUGAAAUUCAGUGCGUUAAGAAUUUUGCAUAACUGUUAUUGCUUUGGAGAUUUCAACAUGCAUUGUACAUUUGCUGAUGUAUCUACUGGAUACUAACAUAUGCAUAAAAUUAUGUGUUUUGUUCUAAAGUACUUGGAUUUGUAAAAGAAAAAUGUC